AUGGGGAAUGCAAUAAAUAAACUAAUUGGGCAUUACAGUAAUGUAGAAAAGAAGAAGAAGAGCGAGUACAAAUUUGGGAAGGUGUUGGGCUGCGGAUCCUUCGGAGUCGUGCGAGAAUGCAUCAACAGACAGACGAAGGAAGUGUAUGCCGUGAAGAUUAUCAAAAAAAAAAGAAAACACACAAAAAAUUUAAAUUUUGAAAAAAUGGUAAAAAAUGAAAUAAAAUAUCUCUCCGUAAUGAGCCACGAAAACAUUAUCAAGUUCAAGGAUUUCUUUGAGGACAAGCACAAGUUCUACAUUAUUUUGGAGAAGUGUGAGGGCGGCGAGUUGUUUUAUACAGUGAUUAAAAAUAAGUGUCUACUGGAGAGUGAGUCCAUCCAGAUUGUACGUCAGAUUUGUUGUGCACUGGAGUAUUUGCAUUCCAGGAAUAUUAUUCACCGGGACAUUAAGGCAGAGAAUUUCCUCUUUAAAAAUAAAAACACGAAAAGCAUCAAGUUAAUAGACUUCGGAAUGGCCAAGAAGGUGAACUGCGAAUACCUGACCGAACUGUGCGGCUCCCCCCACUACAUUUCGCCUGAACUGAUCAGAAAGAAGUACACGAUGUCGUCGGACAUUUGGGCCCUGGGAGUUAUGGUGUUCUUCAUGCUGACUGGAAAAUACCCAUUUGAGGGGAAGAACACUCCCAAAGUUGUGGACGAAAUACUCAACAAAAAUAUAAACUGGAAGAGCAAAGAAUUUUCCUCCCUUUCCGUUGAGGCUGUGGAUUUUUUAAAAAAGCUGUUGGAGAGAAAUGAAAAGAAAAGACUCACGGCAUUUCAAGCGCUCAAUCACCCGUGGAUCAAGCCCCAAGUGGAGUAG